AUGGGCGGCAGCCACGAGGACAGGUUCUGCCUGGACUUCGUGUCCCCCCACGUGGACCGCUCCAUCGUGCUGUACGACCUGGCCAUCGGCCUGCCCACGGCCGCCUUCCUGGCCUUCCUGGGCUGGGGCUUCCGCCACUCCGCGAAGAAGCUGCGUCGCUCGGGCUCCCACAUCAUGACCACCUACUACUGCUUCUUGUGGGCCGUCAGCCUGCUCAACCUCAUCCGCUGCUGCACCCAGAUCGGCCAGACGGAGAAGCACGGCCCGCACGUGAUGUGGAACCUGCUGUGGCUGAUGACGCGAUUCGGGAUGGUGCUGCUGGAGCUGUCCGUGGUGGUGUUCCUGCUGCAGGGCUACGUGACAUCGGGGCUGGAGGCCCUCAUACGCACGCUGGCCAUCUCAGGCGGCAUAGCCAUGAUCGAGACGGUCAUGAUGACCAUCUACAUCUUCGGCAUCCACGUGCCGCUGUUCAUGAAGAAGGACGACGGAGGCGGGGACGAAGAGGAGGACAUGUCCUGGGCCAAGUGGAGCUUCUGGCUCCUGCACCAUUUGGCGUUCAUGCUGGUGUACCUGCUCAUCCUGGUGGUGCCCUACACGCAGUGGAGGGACCUGUUGCCCGCCAAGCCGUCCUUCUACCGCUACGUGGCCGCCCUCUUCCUGCUGAGCCUGACGGCCGUCCUGGGAAGCAUCAUGAUCGGGUCACACGUGUCGUCGGGGUACUGCGUGUACGGGGUGGCAAGCUUCCUGUACUACGCGGCCUACCCGCCGCUGCUGUACUGGACGUUCCUGGCAGAGUUCUUUGCGGAUGACGAGCUGGACAGGGAGUUGAUGUACUACUCAGAGAUGAAGGAGGCCGGCUACUUUGAGGACAAUGGGAUCAACUUCUGA